UGGGGAGCGAUCCGCCGCUCCAUUACAGUGAUGGCUUUUCCAUUGUAUUCAACUACAAGAACACUUGGCACUGAUUGAGAGCAAUACAUUUAGGUUUAGUGCAUUGCAGUUACAUGUGACUGGAUUUGUCAACUAACGGAGGGUCAUUACAUGAAGGAUUUGAAAGGAUCCAUUUGAGGUUUUGGUGUUACAAAUUACGAUCAAAUAUAAAUGAUGGAUACCACUCCAGUACUCACAAUUACCCUGUGAAGUUGAAUCAUAGCAACUGGAUUAUAAGAAUCUUCUUGAAAGAAUAAAAAAUGAUCGAAAACCACACGGCAACAGUUCUCAUGCCUCUGGAAAACGUGACGUCAUAUUUCAAUGCCACGACGUCACAGGCAACGGAAGUCUGCACGCACCCAGCGUUCCACGAGUUUCCCCCGGACGCGUUCACGACGGACCAGAGGGCCCAUGGCGCUAUCAUAUUCCAUCUAGUCCUCGUGGUGUACAUGUUUAUCGCCCUCGCCCUCGUCUGUGACGACUACUUCGUCUCCUCUCUCGACAAAAUAUGCGAGAAACUUGGCUUCAGCGAGGACGUGGCGGGAGCUACAUUUAUGGCGGCCGGAAGUUCCAUGCCAGAGCUCUUCACCGCAAUUAUAGGGGUAUUCAUCACGAAGGGUGACGUUGGUAUCGGUACCAUCGUGGGGUCGGCCGUCUUCAACAUCCUGUUUGUCAUCGGCCUAUGCGGGCUCCUCGUUAAACAGGCAAUGUCAAUAUCCUGGUGGCCACUGUGUCGGGACUCGGCCUGCUACUCGAUCUCCGUCGUUGUUCUCAUUCUGGUUGUAAAAGAUGGUGAAGUCACAUGGUGGGAAUCUGUAAUAAUGCUACUCUUGUAUGCUCUGUACAUCCUAAUUAUGAGAUUCAACAGAACUCUGCAGAGUGUGGCAACGGAAAAAUUAAAAUGGCUCACUUCAGAAAAGUUAACGUCCAAUGGUUUUGUUCGUCAGCAGCUAAACAAGUUCCAAGGAGAAUACGAACAGUUCGGAGAUGACGAUGACGUGUUCGGCUCGACCGUGGAGCAUACGGAACUUAACGAGGUCAACUCGGCUUCUCCCGUCACCCCCGACAUCUAUGCAAGCACUACCAAAUUCCGGUUCACGUUCGAAGAGGCUGCCUUUCGGCUGUUGAUGAGCCGCCGGUGCCGCGGACGCCGUCGCUUCCGUGCCGCAGCGUGGCUCAUCAUCCUCUAUAGACAGCGGAUGCGAAGCGACCAGGCGUUCAUGCGGCGGCAGAUGUUCCGGCAGACGAACCGGGCCUCAACCAUGCGGUCGUGCGCGCGCUCCGUCAGAAACUGGAUAAGUAUGGCAUCGGAGGUCGAUAACUAUGACGGAUGGAGAGCAGUUCCAAGUUUAGAUCAUGACGGAUACCUUGCCUGUAUACGAUGGGCGAUUGUUUAUCCGCUCAGAACUCUGCUCUACUUCACCAUUCCCGACUGUAGGAAACAUAGAUGGGAGAAAUAUUACCUGGCCACUUUCUUCAUAUCCAUCACCUGGAUCGCAGUAUUUUCCUACGUCACUGUAUGGAUGGUGACGUAUAUAGGGUUCGCCUUCGGGAUCCCCGACAGCGUUAUGGGCAUCACAUUCCUGGCCGCCGGAACGAGCAUACCAGACGCCAUGGCCAGUAUUUUCGUCGCCAAGCAAGGUAUGGCGGACAUGGCGGUGAGCAAUUGCGUAGGUAGCAACAUUUUCGACAUCCUGAUUGGGCUGUCCUUUCCCUGGUUCAUCCAAACUGCCUUGGUGACCCCGGGCUCUGUGUCUCAGAUCAACAGUUCAGGGAUGGUGUUCAACAUAAUACUGCUCUUCCUAACUGUCAUCAUCACGAUUGGAGCCAUCCAUGUGUCCGGCUGGGUCCUGAACAAGUGCGUGGGCGUCACGUGCAUCACCGUGUACUCCAUCUACAUCACGUUUGCCAUCAUGAUUGAAUGUAACGUGUUCGGAUUCGUCAACCCGCCCAUGUGCAAGGAAUGAUGACACUUGACAUUUAGGAACUUAACAAAUUUGUAACUUAAUAUCUUAGUGUAGAAAUGCAUUAGCAUGGCAUGCAAAUAUAAAAACGCAUAAUAUAAUUGAGUUAACUGUUCUGGGGAGAACUUCUGGCUACGAAAAAUACAUGUAGACCAAGGAUACGAGUUCAUGCACGUUACACGUACACGUGCCAUGCUAUUUGACGUAUACAUUUACGUUGUGUUGAACGAAUUAAAACGUCAUGUGUGUGGUGAUUGGAUUCGGUCAUGUUUUUACUGAGUUAAAUCAAUUUAAAACGUUUUUUAAAUAUUCAAACAAAAAUAACAACAUAUUUGUCUCUUGUAUUUUCAAAUGGAUAAUUAUUUUUCUUGUAGUCAAGCAUUCUUACAUCUGAAAGUGGGCGAGUGCUAUUUGUCAGGUUUGGCUUACUCCUUUUUUAGUAAAGUGUGCAUUUGUUAACGACAUUGUGUAGUCUUUAAAAAGAGCACUAAUGUUGUGUGGUUGCCAUAAGCUCCAUCGACCGAGCAUGUUCUGACAAGAGUUUUUGUUAGAUCCGCAACCAGCUCCAUCGACCGAGGAUGUAAUGCCAAUAUGUUUCUGUUAAAUCUGCAAUCAAACAUGCAUUAGUAUUCUCGUAUG